AUGCAUAGUAAUGGCCUUUUUGAAUUGAUAACAGAUGCAGACGAAACAGCGGAUAAAGUUUUUGUUAAUGCUCGACAAUUGAUUGGUAAUAAUUAUUUGAAUAUUAAUGAAUUAACAACCAUAGGACCCGUAUUAAUUCGUGGUUUAGCUGAGAUUGUUGAACGUCGUCCACAUGAUCCCAUUGAAUAUUUAGCAACAUUUCUUUAUAAACAAGUUGAAAAUACACGUACUCAAAAACAAAAAGAACAUGAUGCAAAACAAUUAGAAAUUGAACGAAAAAAAGCGGAAGAAGAAAAAGAACAUCGUGCACAACUCAAAAAAGAAAUUCGUGAAUUACGUGAAAAAGAAGAAAAUGAACGAAAACAACGUGAAGCUGAAGAAAGACGUAAACGAGAAGCUGAAGAAUUAGCUAAACGCCAUCGAGAAUUAGCAGCAGCACCACCCCCACUACCAGCAGUACGUGAAGAAGAUGAUAUUUUAGGUAUGGAAUUUGGUGAAACAGAACUUCAUCGACAAGCUGCUGUUAAAGGUGCUGAUCUAUUGACUUUACUUAAAGAAAACUAUCAAUUAAUGGCAUCACGUAAUGCUGAAGGAAAAACACCAAGAGAUAUUGCACGUGACGCUGGCCUUCAAGAACAUGUUCAUGAAAUUGAUAAUUAUUGUGUUCAAUUACUUCAAAAUGGAAAUACAAAAGCAAUUAAUGAUUUACUUUUAUGUGGUUAUACAGAAAUAACCAAUCAUUUAAAACCAACUGAAGAUCCUGAAGAUGAUACUAAUGAGUUUAUUAAUCAUGACAUUCCUCAAUUAUUAGAAAAAGUAAAAGAAUUACAACAUGCAAUCAAAGAAGGAAAUACUAAAGCAGUUGAUACAAUCAUAUUUGAUCGUAAAAAUAUUGCACUCUAUCGAGAUGCUGAAGGUUCAUCAUCAUUACAUGAUGCUAUUGAAAAUCAUCAAUAUCAUAUCGCAGUCAAUCUCUUACAAAAAUAUCCAGGAUUAGCAAAUGUGAAAGAUAUUCGUGAACGAACAAGUAUUGAUUUAUUUAAUUCAAUCGAUGAAGAUACUGUAACAAACAGUCAACGUGAUGCCUAUGAUCAACUUAAAGAAGCUUUAACAACAUCAUCACCAAAUCCGCAAGCUGAUUAA